AUGGCAUUUCUCGAAGGCGGCGAGGUUACCGUCUUGCGCGGAGGCCGAGGCGACGCGGGGCGAGGGCCCGAGAGCCUCUCUGCGCGCGAGGACGGUAAGGAGAACGUGCGAGAGAGACACCGCGCCCAGGUCGGGGCGUGGGCGAGCGAGGCGAGCCAGUUCGUCUCGCCUGCGGUCGGAGACCGAGUCGACUCUGAGAAGCCGCGGGGUCGGGAGACCCGAAGGCGGGGGAGCGCCCACUACUUCAGAGAGUCCAUGCGAGAGCGCGCAGGAGGGAGACGCAUGUCGUUUUCGAAGCAAGGCAGCGCGCAAGGCCCCGCCCUUCCGUCGUUUCCCCCCCUGGCACGUCCCCCGCCUUUCAUUCCGUUUCCAGCUACUUCUGCACCCCAAGCGUCCUUCUUCCAACUCCAGUCUUUUCCACAUCCUCUGCCCUGCUCGUCCCUUCCCUACGCCUCGCCUUUCUGUCCUCUACCGCCUCCGUACUUCUCCCCCUUUCCUUCGUCCUUCUUCUCUCCCCCUGGUCCGCUCCUUUGUCGCGGGCCGCCCUCGGGGGACCCUCCUCUAGGCCGAAAAGAGCGAGAAGAGAGCAACCGCGAGCGGCGGGGCUCCGAGCCCCAGCCGAGUCUCGGCUUCCGAGACCGCGCCUCGUCUGCGUCUGAACACGGACCGCACUCAGAUGAAACCUGUUCUCGCGUGCUUCCCCGCCAGCCGCCGGUAGGACCCGUCGCCUCUGGGCCUUCUUCGGGUCCAGGUGGCGACGCGUCGACAUGUUCGUCUUGGGCAUCCCCUGGCAGCGAAAUGGAAGCGAGAAGGAAGCCUACAGACGAAGCCGAGCAGAAGAAUAGAGACCCCCGCCUCAAGGCGAGAACGGCCAAGAAGCAGCGCGAUCCAGAUCAGGCCGAAUGCGGUAUCUCUUGUCCGGCCGCCUCGUUUUCGCCUUCUGAGCGUGUGCCUUCGUCUUCGCCCUCACCGACGCUCUCUGUGGAGGCGGAGAGCAAAGCCAGUCGAAUAAAGGAAUGCAGCCACAAAGAAACAAACAGACGCCAGACACAACUGGAAGAGAAGGAUCCAUGGGUCGUCGAGGAAGAAGGUGCGACUCCCCGCGUCUCGUCCGUCACGCCAUCUCUGGAUCGCCCUCUCCCGCUCUCCGUGGGGACCCCUGGAGCGUCUGAGUCUCACUCUGCGGCCCAAGCGUUGCGCGCUUCUUCGCUGUCUGCUUCUGGACGCCUCUCUUCAGCUUCGCCGCCUCUUCUUCCGUGUCCAAUCUCUUCGCGGGAGGAGCGGAAGAGCCGGCGAAGCGGCGAGGCUACCGGGAAGGGAGAGAACCAACAGAAGCGCGACUCCUUCCUCAUUUCGAAUCCGAUGAAGCGGUUUGGGAAUGGUGAUCGCGUGCGACCCGCCGACAGACGACGCCCGUCGGCUCCCGCUUUUCUUUCCGGGAGGAAGACGGAGGAACUGGAGGCACCCCCUGCAACAAGCCCUUCGGUGCCUCUGGCUUCCUCGGCGCUCCAUCACAGGUCGGCGAACUGUCUUUCCCUGUCGAAUUCGUCUCUCGCCUCCUCUGUAGCUGCGCCUCUCGCUGCUUCUUGGUCUGCGCUUCCCUCGCCUUCGUCUGCGGGAGCCUCGGGUGCGUCCGUCCACCCGUCUUCCGCUCCACUCUCUCUGUUGACGGUGACUUCAUCGCGGACUUGCUCGCAGGACGCGAUGGCGGAUUCCAGCUUUCCUCUUUUUCCUCAAAGCCGCGUCAAGGGCGGAACGCGAACUGCUGCUUUGGCUUCUCCCCCACCUCCCCCUGAGCGUAGUCAGCGAGUGUGGUCUUCUGUGGCUCCGUCAUCGGCGUCUGUCUCUUCCUGUGCGUCUGCUGUCUCUGCCUCUUGUUCGUCUUUGUCGUCUUUGUCUUCUUCGACCUCUUCUCAGUCGCCCCCCGCCUUAACUCCAGGGGGGCCUCUCUCUCCCGCUGCUUCCUGCGCGACACCUGGCGCUUCUCCUUCUCCUCACCGUUCGUCUUCCCGCGUUGCUUCGUUGCUUCCCGCUCCCUCGCAAACCUCGUCUGCCUUGCACACCUCCUCUCUCCCGGCCUCUUUCUCUUCUUCCUCUUCCACUGCCGCUUUUGCUUCGAGCCUCGUUUCUUCUCCGUCGGCGGCCCCUCUUGCCUCAGGCGUAGGCCGCGACAAAAACCAGACGGGAGAGCAGGCGCACGGGGGCGAGCGGGAGAAACAGCGCGAGAAGGACAGAGAGAGGAAAAAGAGGAGGAGCGAGAGAGAGAAGAAACUCGAGAAAGAGAAAGAGACAAGGCAGGACCGCGGGAGACACGCCGGCGACCGGGAGCGGAAGGAAGGGCGGCAUGAGUCGCAGUCGCGCCGCGAGAAAGGCGCGCGGGAGCAGAGGGCUUCCCACAGGCACAGAGAAGAGCGGAGUCACACAAGCGAGAGAGACGAAAGAAGGAAAGAACCGUCUUCGAAAUUCGUCUGCGACCCAGCCUUGCGGAUGCUCACGGCCCCGACAAACUGCCCCGCGCUGGCAGGGCCGACCUCGAGUUGCCUCAUGGCUUCGCUGUCUCAGGCCGCCCCUGUCUGCGCUCCGACCUGGUUUUACUCGCCUGUUGGCGAGGCCGGAAAGCGGUGGACUGCGUGGCCAGACGCGGGGCCUGAGGAGACGGCGUUCGCGUUUUCUUCUCCCGGGACCGCCGCGUCUCCUCUGCGCGAGGCAACGCUGUCUCCUCCGCGCGCGUCCUCCUUCCUCUCGCUUUCGAGCCCUGUGGAGGCGCGGGGCGCGGCGCGAGCUGCGAGGUCCGAGUCCGGCGAGGAAAGACAGAGAAGAGAGAAGAGGGACCGUGACACGAAAGAGCGCCGGCGAAGGGACCGAGAGAACCGUCACCGGAAGCACAGUCAGAGAGGAGAUCGAGGAAAAGAAGAUCGAGGACGGGAGGGAGGAGACCGAAGCGAAAGGGACGCCGAAUGCGCGAAGACGCUGACGGACCGCGCGCGCGUGGAGACCGGCCAAAACCCCCAGUCGGCUUCCCAGGGUUUCGCGUCGAGAGCCAGCCACAGCUUGCUCGCUCCCGCCGUCGACCUUAGCGAGGAAGAAGAGGGAGAAAUUCGAGAAGAAGUCCCGUCCUGGCGGCGCGAACCUGAAGCGAGUCCGCACCUGGCCGGCAACGUCGGAGAUCGAGAAGAAGAGAGACGACGCAGCAGAAGCGAGAAGAAACACAGCAAGGAGCGGCGAAGAAAGCAAACCGAGGAGAGAGAACACGGCCGAGACAGUGAACGCCGGCGAAGGAAGAGGCCGUCGAGCGACUCCGAGCAGAGGGUGAGACGCCUUGGGAGCAGUGCGAGUGCAGAGGGCGACGCGGAAGGCGGAGCAGAGAGGAGAAGACACAGAGAAGAGAAACGCAGAAGACUGGAGAGGCACAGAGACAAAGGGGAGAUGCCAACCGUGACGAAGGAGACAGCUGGUCGCGACACAGAGGACCUGCCGGAAAAGCGAGAAACUGGGAAACCCAGGCAGAAACAGGACAGGUACAGGGAUGGGUAUGUGGAGAGGCAAACAUUCGGGGACACUGCUGCGGGAGAGAGAACCCGAGGGGCCUGGGAGUCCCCAACCACCGUCAUGGCUGCGCCUCAGGGCGAAAGCAAAGGCCAAUCCGGUGGUUCGUCGCCUCUCAGGCGUAGUCAUUUCUUGCGCGCGGGAGCCUCUCCGUCUUCUUUCCCGUCUGUGGCAUCGAGUCUGUCUUCUCACUCGUCCUCGUCGCUUCCUACCUCUUCGUUUUCGCCUUCUUCUCCCUCGUCUUCCUCACAGUUAUUCUCGUCUCCAUCUUCGCCGUUUUCGAGAACUCCUGGCGGUUUCCCUCGCGGGUCGUCUUCUCUCGACGCGGCACCGCGAGCCCACGGCCCCCCCAGUCAACUGGUGCGACCGGCGGCUUCGCGGUCAGCGGAGCUCGCAUCCGCAGCAACGUUUGCAGCUUCUGUGCCUUCUGUUACGCUUGCUACUUCUGCCUCUUUCUCUGCGUCGUGUUCGCCUCCUCUCUUUUCCCCUGCUUCUCUGCCGGUCGCAGCCUCCCCUGCAGCCUCCUCUUCAUCUCGCCCUGCAUCAGGUUCUGCCUGGCCUUCUCAGCGUUCGUCUCCUUCCUUGUCGUCUUCUUCCUCUCCAUCGGUUUCCUCUUCUUCCUCAUUUUCUUCCUCUUCCUCGUCUGCCGGUCUACAGUAUGCUCCGUGUUUCAUCUCGCCGUCCACUUCGAAGGAUUACCCUGCGGCUCCGUCGUCACUGCCUCAUGCUGCCUCCUCUGAGACAUCGGCGCCUCUGCCGGUGGCCAGCGAGGUGGGGACGGCGGAGGUCGAGGGACGAAACUUCCAGGAGCGGCGACGCAGCUUUCCAGUUCCGUUUUCUCCGCCGGCUUCGGCUCUCGCUUCUUCAGGCGCGGCUGCUUCUGGGAGCAUGGCUCCAACUCUGGUCGCUGGCUGCUCGGAAGCCUGUGGAGGCGCGAGAAAAGCAGGUUCGGACCAGCGAGAGUGCGACGGCGGAGACACCCGAGACGGGGAAGGCAAGCGAGAGAGAGGAAGCGAGACAAGUAUCGCGAGUGAGACACAAGAAUGGCCGGGAGACAAUACACAUCUCGACAAGGGAGGGCGACAAGGCGCCGGGAGGGGAGAUGAAAGAGGAGAGACCACGAGAGAGGGAAGGAUCAGCGAAGAAAAAGAGAGAGACCAAAUGUCAGGGAGACAGUCGUCUCCCGAAGAAGAAAAGCCUUGUGAAUCUGACCCAAAAGGGUUUAUGGCUUUCCCGAGGUCGAAACUGCACUCGCCCACUCCCUUCAUUUGCAACAGUCUGUCUCGGGAGAACGUUCGACGCGCAGCGACUCGGAGAGAAGGAGCUGAUUCGUCGUCUCGGUUUCCUUCUUCGUGUCCCCUUCCUGCUUCUUCCGUUUCUUCUCCUUCUCCUUCCCUGUUUUCUCCUCUCGACACACGGUCUAGGCCGCCUUCUUCACCUCGUUCCACCCUCUCCAGCUGUCCACUGUCGUCUGUCUACGCUUGGGAUCGCUUGCUUGAAGGCGAGCGCCUGAGGAAGACCGGAGGCAUCUGCGAAGCAAUCGACCUUGGUCCUACGGAGAACUCCGAACUGUCUCAGAGUCCUUCAGAUGCGCGAGACGAAGAGAAACAGUGUCUCCUCUCCUGUCCCUCGUCGACGGCGUUCUCAGUCGCAUCCUCGCCGUUCUCCUCCCUCCCCUCCCACUCUGUCCCUCCCUCUCAGUCGCCCUCGUCUUCCGCUCACACUUUUUCUCCUCGUCUCUCCUCGUUUUCAAGUCCGUCGCUAGUGGAGCAGUCCGUAGUCAAAGCAGCGGCGGCGGCUGCGGUCGCGGCACUGCGGCGGUCGCGGCUGCGAGCCUCGCUGAAGACUCUGGGGCAAGCGAGAGACAGUGGAGACAGCGAGAAGAAGGAAGGCGCUGAACGGCGAGCCCCGGGGACAGAGGAGCUCCGCGAGGAGAGUCCAAGGGAGGCAGCGGAGCGGCGCAAACAGGAGGAGCCCCAGAGUAAGGAAGUCCAUGUGGAGAGCGAGACGAAGGCGCACAAGAGAGAAGAGAGCGAGCGAGGAGAGGCGACCUGGGAGAACGCGGACGCUGAAACUGAGCAGAAACAUGGCCUCGAAGAGGAGACUGGUGGAGGCAAUGGUCCGGUUGAUGGCAACGAAGAAGCACAGAGAGGGGAGGUGAACGAAACGAAGACGAAAAAGCAGUCGAGCAAAGACGCGCGGGAGGAGGGCCAGAUGAGUAGGGAUGUCAAAGAGACAGCGGAUGCCGAAAGGAAGAUGGAGGAGGCGGAAUGUGAGGCGCCUACAGAAGACCUUCUUCAAAGAGAAGAGGGCGAACCGGGCCAGAGAGGCGAACAGGAAAGAGGGACAGAGAGAAUAGGAGAAGAAGAUGUGGUAGAUAGCACGCGAACCGAAGACGAUGAACAGCGUGACAGCGAGACAGGGAACGAAGAAGAACAAGCAGACACAGAAGCGCCGGAACGCGCAGAAGAACCGAAGAGACUCUCUGCGGACCGGAGCGUCGCGACGGCGAAAAAUGAAGAGAAUACCGAGGAGUUGGGAGAGCUCCAAGAGAGACGAGAGCCAAAGAGGGAAGAGAAGGGGAAGGAAAGCGGAACAGCGCUUCGCGACGAAGACGCAGAGUUCCUGGGAGAAAACGCGGAGCGAAAAGGCCUCGACGAAGCAAAUGAAACUGCUACAGAGAAGCAGAAGUCCGGGCAAGAGACUGAAACGCAAAAGAAAGACGAUAAAGGAGCGGAAUCGGUGGCAGGGGGACAGAAAGAUGCAUGCUUAGACAAGGAAGAAGCGGCCGAAAAGGGACGAGCAGAGACCAGAACCUUGACGAGGCGACGCAGUCGCAGGGUGGCCCGGGAGACGCCAGAGCCUGUUUUUCCAGCUGAAGAACAGAGAGCAGAAAGAGCAACUGGUCAUCGGACUCGAACGCCUCUCAGGUCACCUCGCCCAGGCGCGACUUCCGCUUCAGAGGCUCCCGUCUCUUCCCCCGCUUCUGCCGCCUCCAUUCUUGCUCCUUCGCCCUUGAGAGAAGCACGGCUUUCUCCCCGAACCGCGACGACGGCCAGGCGACCGCAGACGCGGCUCCGCCGUUCGCCUCGCUCAGCGGGCAAUCAGGGCAGAGAGCAUCCGGGGACAGAAGAACCCCCGAAGCCGGAUGACGCUCUGAAGCUUGCGGCGACUGAGAUAGCGAGUCCUACGGAUCCGGAGAAGACACACAGAACGCGGCGAAGGAAGAAGGGAUGCGAGAAGAGCGAGGUGGAUGGGAACCUACAGAGCGCGGGGGGGUCGGUGGAGUCUCGAAAGAGAGUCAAAACUCGGAGCGAGACGAAGGCCCUGCGAGGAAGGGCGGCUACAGCGAAGCCUGAGGAGUGCGAGGGUGAGGCUCUCGCACACAAACCUCCCGAGGAGAAGACGGGAGAAACUCGACUACCGCGAGUCCAGACCGAAGAUGAAAACGAGCGGCGACAAGACAAGAGGAAAAAAAAAGCAAGCAAAAGCCGUGAUAACGGCAAAGACACGAAAACUGAGACAGAGACAGCAAAGGAGGAGCCCAAGGUGACGAGAGGUCCUUCCGACGACCCUGAUCCGUCGCCGUCCUGUGCGCCCGCGGCCUCAAUAUCCGCUCCCCCGUCUUGUGCGUCACAUCCCGCAUCUGCCUCUUUUUCCUCAGCUUCGUCUUCACCUACUUCCGCUUCUUCCUCGCCUUUCCUCCCGGGCCAAGGGGCUCCAGAGAGGGAGCACGAGGACGGGAGAGAGCCUCCGGCGGAAGGCAGCAGUGCAGCCGAGAAGCGCGAGACGCCGGCGGCGACUGGUGCGACUCUUCCAGACGCGCCGGUGGCUCCGACGGUGCCUUCGCCGGCUUCGCCGCAGGCCUCUGUGCCUGCGUGUGGGGUCGCCGAGGCGAAGAAGAGGGAAGCGAAGAAGAUGGACUGGGUGACGGAGUGGUGGGAACACAUAGGCUUCAUCGAGAGCUCGCGCGAGCUUCAACUCGGCCGCGGGACUUUCGGCAACGUCUUUCGGGCCAGGUGGCGCCGCAGCAUCCAGCCGUCCUUCUGCUGUGCGCGAUGUGAAGCGGAGGAAGAGCGAGAAGGCAAGCAGGAUUUGCGAGAUGCGCCAGUUGAAGAGGCCGCUGCGAACGGUGCCCUUUCUCCCGGCGCCCCGGCGGAGGCCCCCUUUGUGGCGGGACGCCGCGCGUGCUUCUGCUCCACCGCGCGCUGGAUCCCGCUGGCAAUCAAGGAGUACAAGGCGCAGACGGCUGCGCCUUUCCAGUUUCUGCGAGAAGAAGCCUUCAUGCGUCACUUCAACGCACAUGUGAUGCGGCCGCUGGCGACGCGGUCCUACAAGCCUCAAACCAUCAACGCCUUCGCCGCUGUAACUCCCUCUGCAGCCUCGCGCCGGCUCGGCUCCUCGGCGGCGCGGAAGGCGCUACCGGCGCCUGCGUCCGCUGCGUGCGAAGAAGCCUGCGAGAAGGCGGGCGAACGGUUGGGCGACAAGGAGGCAGAGGGCCGCGGCGAGGACGCGAGAGCCGAGAGAGAAAGCGGGGCGGGAGCGUUGCCCAGGAAGAAGGAGGAGAGACGGGAGGCGAAGAGCGUCAGGCCGCCGCUCCACGCCGUGGCGCCGGCUUCGUCGCUAAGACAAUUCCAGCUCCUCAUGCCUCGCGCGCGGGGGGACUUGAUGGUUAUGCUGAAGCGUCUGAUUGUGCGUCGCGCCAAGGUCAAGCUCCUUCUCGCCUGGGAGGAGGAGUGGCUGCGGAAGCAGCGAGCCUCCGGCGCCUCUCCGGCAAGCGAAGGGGGACCCGCCCCCUCUUCUGAAACGUCUCCCGACACGGAAGACGGCAGUCGUGAGCGUCUUGUCACGUCUUGUGUGGACGCCCCGCUGUGGAGUCUCUUGGGCGCUCCAGGUUUGACCGAGUUCGAAAUGAAGUUUUUGUUUGCACAGUUGCUGAGUGGCGGAGCCUUUCUGCAGUGCUGCUGCGAAGCCGAUGUGGGGCGCAUCGUCGACAUCAAGGUCUCCAACGUCUUGGUUUUCUGCGAAGAGAAACACAUCUACUUCCCGCUCAAAUGGCACCUCGUUCUGGCGGACUUUGGCUCCUCCCUCGUCCUGCACCCUACGGAGCACUUCGCGUCCUCGACGCCCUGGUCCGCAGGCCGCGAGGAGAAGAAACAUCAGUGGAGCCUGCAGAUUCAGCGACAGCUCACCACCUACAACCAGGGUACGACUUACACGAAUGCGCCCGAGGCCCUGCGCUUCGACAAACUCGGGAGACUCCGCGACCUGCCGCCGGGCGUGGCGCGGCCCCCCUCCGAGGCGCGCCUCGCCGAGGAGGCGCGCCGAGACAGAGGCCUGCCUGACGCCGGCGCAAAGCCUGAGGCCGUAGGGAAGAGCCGGAUAGAGGGAGAUGGCGAGCGAAUCGAGAGGCGAAGAAAGGUCGAGAGGGGGGCAGAAGCCAGAAACGGAGGCACGAGGGACCGCGAAGAGGCGCAGGGCCUCAAGCGCCGGCGGGAGGCGGAUGAUGCGCCCCCAGAUCUAGAGCGAAGGUGGCGCCUCCUGGAAGCGCGUCGGUCCGGCGACAGCAGGGCGAUGGACCCAAGGGGGCGCAGCCUAUGCUCGAUCCUCCGACGCGACGGUGAGGCUGCGAGGCCGAGUCGACCCACUGCGGCGUCGCGCCCUGCGUCUUCCGCCUCGCCUUCGGCCUCUGCGUCAUCGGCGCCCCAUUCUCUCCGGUCCUGCUCUUCGCUGCGCCACUCGUCGCUCCUCAGCACAGGCAGUCGCCACGCGGUCACCACGGCGACGUCGCAGAAAGAUCUCACAGCUCGACAGCGCGAGCGCGCCUGGCUCAGACAGUUGAAGAAGUGCCAGGGCAUCUUGCCGCUCUCUGUGGGCCUGCGCAAGGCGCCUGUGGCGCCGGGGGCCGCGUCCUCCCGGGCGUCGGCGGCCCUUGAAGCUUUCUCCGCGGUGGACGCGACAGCCCAGCGAGACGCGAGGGGCGCAGCAGGAGACAAAAAAAGGAGGCGCAGGGAGUCUGAGGAAGGCGCGCGUCGCGGGAUGGAGGGACAGCCUGAGGGCACGGGAGCAGAGGCAGAAGAAAACAGGAGAAACGAGCACGACGGAGAGAAGAAAGGAGAAAAGGAAGCGAAGAAAGAGACCAGAGCCGAAGGCCACGGAAAAGGCGCGAGAGAAGACGGAGCGCGGAGCGACAACGGAGAGGUCAGGCAUCCACCCACACCGGAGCCCCGGCGUUCGCUUGCAGAUCCCGCGAGGCUGAAGAAGGAAAGAGAAGCAGUAGCCGUGUCAGCGAAUGCUUUGACCUGGAGAAAACGAGAGGAGAAACAGGAGGGAGGCCGCGAAACGAGGAGACCCGCGUCUGCAGCUCCCGAACUCCUGCAUCUCCCCAUCACGAAGCACGCGGACGCCUGGAGCUUUGGAGUGACUUUGGCCGAGCUGGCCAAGGGCGGCGGGUGCUGCUGUCCGCCGUCCUUCCUCCGGUGCUCUGGAUCGCCAGUUUCGGACCUCGCGCCUCAGCAAAAGGAAGUCUGUCUCUGCGGCACUGCAGCGGGCAGCCGACACUUUGAGGAAGCCGAGCGCCGCGCUCGCCUUCUGCUCCUCCGUCUUCGAGAAGAAAGGAAGAAAGACGAGAAGCAGAAACCCAACGCAGACACCCCCACGGAGGCUUCUUCCUCGCCUUCUCAGGUCUUGAUUAAGAAAACCAACGAGACGGCUGACCAGGCGGCCGCAGCAUCGCCUGCUCGCCUGCUGCCUACGGUCCCGAGAACGCGAGGCGCCGCUCGACAGGCCGGCGCGGUCGUGAGUGAGGCCUGUGGGGUCUCUCAGGCCCCGGAAAGGGGCGACUCAGGGCGAAGAAAGCUGCCGGCGAGAGAGCGACGUGGCCGGUGCCGCUCGCGUGAAGGCGGAGCCAAGGCGCCAAGUAUCGAAGCCGCACCCGAAGAGCCUCGAGACGACAGGCCUGAGGAGAAAAGGCUCGCGAGUGCAGACCGCGAACCAGGACCCUCUGCCAACUCGCCCGCGUCCUCCAAGGACGCCCCUGCGGCAGCUUUGCCUCCAGGAGAGAAAGCGGACGAGCUGGGCGAUUCGUGUGCAGCCUCGACGUUCCCGCCCAUCCCUUCCUUUGUCGCGGCGUGGGCAGAGAAACACGAUGAGCUGGGCGCGUACUGGAGAGCUGCUCAAGAUGUCUGUCAGGCCGUCGGCCACGGACUGUUCCGCAUCCGGAACGAGGAGGAGCAUCGACGGCUCGAGAAGAAGGGUGAGGCUCACGCUCUGCAGUGGAUCGGCAGAACGCCCCAAGAACUCGACGAAGAGGACAAAAGGCAGCUGCACAAGAUGGCUUGGAACUGGGUCAUUGCGCGCCAAACCGCUUUGACGUGCGACUGCAGCCUCGCAGAACGGAUUUCUCGUCUCCAACGCGACUCGGCAAUCGCAGUUCCGUCUGGCGCGUCGUCCAUGUUCUCUCCUGCCUUCUGGAACAUCCUAGCCUCGCUCUUGUCUUACGACGCGCCAGAGCGUCUCCUGCCUGCAGAGGCUCUCGGCCACGCCUGGUUCGUCUCUGCGUCCGGCCGCGCGAUCUUCGAUCUCAUCGACGCCCUCCCGGGAUUCGCUAACCUCCACCUCCCUGCCGAACAUCGGCGGAACCGGAACAAACGUCUCCGCCACAAUCUGCCCCCCAGCGGACCUGCCCCGAGCUCGAGUCUCCUUAGUCCAGGGGUCUCGCCACCUUCGACUUCUUCUCUCCCGUCGGCUUCUUGUCCUCCCUCGGCUUGUCUCGCUUCUUCUUGCGAGGUAAGCGGGUUGUGUGGAGGGUAUGGGUCAGUGGCUCGGCGGCCGCAUGCGUGGUUCACAGGCGCGCUUCACGGUCUCUCCGCUUCGUUCUCUGCGUCGCUGGCUUCUGCUGCGGAGCGGCUUGCACUGGAAACGGCGCCAAGCUCUCCCCAGGGAGAGUCCCGCGCUGCUGACGUUUCUGUGAAAGACGGAGGUGAGGGCGCAGAGGAUCCGGAAGCAGACGAGAACGAGGGUGCGAGGAAAAGGCGGAAGACGUCUCAGGAGGGAGACGAGACGAGCGAGACGGAGAGUGGCCACGAGGAUGAGAAUACAGAAAACAAAGCGAAAUCUCUCAACAAAGAACACAUGACAUCGGCCACCGCUGCGCGGGCUUCCUCUUCUCUUUCGUCUCCUCUGCUUGCUCCCUCUUCACUUCGUGGGGUGCCUCAGUCUCCGCCUGGGGCAGAGGUACCGCCUUGGCAGCUGUUGGGGGCGCUUGGCGACGAGUCGAUGCGUUCGAUUUGCGUGCAAGAGGCGCAUGUUUUGAGCAAGAACGAACGACUGCUCUGGGGUCGGACUGGCAUCUUGUUUCUGCAUCUGUUUGCGUUAAAGCAGAAGGAAAAAUGGACAUGGGAAGACACCUGCUCCUCGUUCGCGGCCCACAAACUCGGCCAGUAUCUCCUUUCUCUCCACCAAGUGAAGCGCGAAGGCCUCUCAGCCAGUCGCGCAGCGGUAGAGAAGAGAAGGCGACCGGGGUUGCAGAAGGGAAGCAGAAGUCCCGCAUAG